AUGACUCACCCCAUUAAACUUGUUCCUGAGAGAUAUGAAAGUUCUGCAGAGCAACCCUCACAGAACCAAAAUCUUGUUCCUAGAAAAUGCUGGCUCAGAAUCACUCAACUUUUGAUGAAACCUAGCUUAUUCGAGAAAAAUCAGAAAUUGAGGAUAAUAGUUCAUGUUCCAAACUCAAAUCGCGAAGUCAAGACAAAGAAAAUCUCUCUGGAUGAACACGCCAUUCGAUUUCUUCAAUCACACCAAAAUAACGCCGGUUUUUCACAAAUUCCAAUAGAUGCCACAAUUAUUUAUGAAUACAAACAUGAUAUACAAGUUGAGCAUCCAUCAAUAAUGAUCAUAGAUGUUGAAAUUAUCUCUUCUAUUUUAGGUCGUUCUAAACGAAUCGGCCAACUAUCAAUAAACAUGUCGGAAGUGAUACAGAAAAGCAUAAAGAAUACAUUUUCAAUUGGCAAAGAAGGCAAUGUCAUAGCUCUUUUGACGGCAGAGAUUUUCUCGAUGUCAAUUGCCCGUAAAACACCGGAAGGAAUUGUCCAUUCGUAUUCUACAUUAUCAGAUAGUGAAUCAGAGAUAGAUCCUGAGUCCACACAAGGAAACGAAUCCCUUCUUCCGAAAAUGAUUUCACAAAAAAGGGUUGUUUUUGCAGAUGACAACUCUUUUGAAGGCCAAAUCAUCAAGCAAUAUCUAUCAGUUACCGAUUUCUAUCUACCUAUUCGUUCUCCAACUACAAUUCAGAAAUUUUUCAGUGUCGUAUCACAAACUAUGCCAUCUGCUGAUCCUAUUGUAGUUAUUCUUGCAGGAGAUGACUUCUUCAUAUGCACCUUCUUAAAAGAAAUCGCUGCUUGUAGAGAUAGAGGCCUAAUUAACAUCGAAUCUUUCCAAAUCUUCGUUUUACCUCUAAAGCAACAGAACUCGACAUUUUCCACCCUACUUUCAAGCAAAUCCCAAAAAUACGCCUCCAAUUUUACUAAUUCGAAGUGGUUUGAUUUAUUCUCCGCAGAAUCAGCUUCUCCGAUCCACGGACCACAAGUUGUCGAUAUAAUUAACCAAGUGUUUGCUACAGAGCUGAAAUCAUUCGUUGUUCCCGUUGCAGAUAUCUUAAUUACGACUGCAUCAGACCAAUACGUUGUUCCAAUGUUCAGCAGCAUAACAAUUGGAGAUCCAAACAACAUCGACAGAUCAAAGACGCCAGGGCCACCUAACAGUGCCAAAUGCACGUUCACGAGUAACAAAGUUAGACAUGACAGCAUAAAAUUCCACCAAAUGAGUGUGAAAAUGGACCACAACGGAAUUAUUGUUGUGAAAUGGUUCAUUUUGACUAACUCUAUCAUGUCUAUACUUAACAGUAACGACAAAGUGCAGAUUGAGAAUGAAACUGAGAAAUGCAACAAAUUCUCAAUGACAAACUCAAAGGGACAGCAACUGGACAUUCUAAUUGACGGUCAGAAGAUAGGAGGAGUUAUAGGUUUCAGUGUUACUUUGAGAGAUCAAUCUGCAUCUGUUACUUUAGCAAGUUUCGCUGAAUAA